AAAAAUUGAAGAAUAGAAACAUUUAUGCACACUCUUCAGAAUCUUUCAAUCUUUAUCACUUUUUUUUUUCCUUCUUCUUAACUUUCACUGUCAGCCGUUAGAUGAUCAUCACCCCCCUAUUUUGUCCGUAGAUUUAAGGACACUUAGAUCCUCCUCUGAGAUUUUUCAACCCUAGAUUCAUUCAUUCUUCACAUGUUCUCUCUCUAAAACUUCCUCUCUUCAAAGAAUCUCAAAAGUAAAAUAAAACAAAAUAAAAUGGGUGAAGAGCAAAAACGAACAGAACCACCAAAUUCCCGAAACUGCCCUUCACCGUCGACAACCGGAGAAGAGGAUCUCCGGCGAUUAAUCGACGAGAUUGAGUCAUUAAUCACGCUUUCCCACACCGUCCGGGUGUUCUCCGUCAAGUGGCAGGUCAUCCGUAAGAAGCUUAAAGAGUUGAGCGCAUAUUUAGUUUCAGCCGAAACCACUCACCCAAACCAAAACCAAAACCACCACCACCGACCUUUAGAUGACGCAAUCGCGGUCAUAACAAACACCGUGAGGGAGUGUCGCGAUCUCGCCUCGCGGUGCAUUAGCGUUGCCUACAGUGGGAAGCUGCUAAUGCAGAGUGAUUUGGAUAAAGUGAUAUCAAAACUAGACUACGCUGUCAAGGGUAUCGCGGCUAUUUACAGCACCUCCGGUGUCGUGACCGGAGAACUUGCGUUGGUUGUUUUGAAGCCGAACCUCGGGUCGACCCGCGAAGAUAUGCGGUUUUAUGUGAAGGAUUUGUGGACUAGGCUGAAGAUUGGCGAUACCCAAUUGAAGAUACAAGCGCUUGUUUCGCUCAAUGAGGUGAUUGCUGAAGACGAAAGAUAUGUUAAGAUUGUUGUUGAGAUUGGGGAUUUCGUUAUACAUUUGGCGAAUUGUUUGGAUUCCACUGAUUUAAUCAUUCAGGAAGAGUGUGCGUUUGCAAUUGCAGUGAUUUCUGGGUUUGAUUGUUACAAGGGGGUUUUGAUUGUAUCCGGCGUGAUCGGCCCGUUGAUUCGAGUUGUCGAAAAGGGGAGUUUGAAGGCGAAAGAGUAUGCAAUUAGAAGUUUAGAGAAGUUAACUGAAAAUGGGGAUAAUGCUUGGGCACUUUCAGCUCAUGGUGGAGUGACUGCUUUGCUUAAUUUAUGUUCUAAAGAUGAAGUUGAUGUUGAAUUGAUUGGGCCGUCUUGCUUGGUGUUGCGGAAUCUUGUUGGGGUUGAAGAAAUUAAGCGGUUUAUGAUUGAAGGCGAGGCGAUUUCUACCUGUAUUAAGCUCAUUAAAGGGAGAGAUGAAUUGGCUCAGAUUGGUGCAGCUGAAUUCUUGCAAUGUAUGUCUUCUGGGGAUGAAAAUGUACGCCAAUUGGUGAUCAAAGAAGGUGGGAUUCGAGCUUUGGGUCGAAUUUUUGACCCCAAAUCGGAUUUCUCCUUCAAAUCGAGAGAAUCAGCGUUAAAGGCGAUUGAGAAUUUGUGUUAUUCAUCAGUAGAGUAUGUCAAUAUGUUGAUAAAUUAUGGGUUUAUGGACCAUCUAUUGUAUUUCCUUCGAAAAGGCGACAUUUCAAUUCAAGAAUUGGCCUUUAAAUCGGCUUGUAGACUGUGUGUGACAUCAGAGGAAGCAAGAAAAGCAAUGGGGGAUGGAGGUUUCAUGGCGGAAUUCGUCAAGUUUUUAGAGGCGAAAUCGUAUGAAAUUCGAGAAAUGGCAGCUGAAGCAUUGUCAAUCAUAGUUGCAGUACCGAGAAAUCGAAAGAAAUUCGCAAAUGAUGAUCAUAACAUCGGGUUAAUCCUUCAAUUAGUUGAUCCAAAAGAAGGAAAUUCUGGGAAUUUCAAGUUCUUAUUGUCUAUAGUACUGUCACUUAGCAGCUGCAAUCAUGCUAGAAGGAAAAUUGCACAUUCUGGGUAUGUCAAGAACAUAGAAAAACUUGCUGAUGCAGGAGUUUCUGAUGCUAAAAAAAUUGUCAGAAAAUUAUCAGCAAAUAGAUUCAGAAACAUGCUAAAUGGGAUCUGGCAUUCUUGAGGUAAACAUAUUCAGAGAUUGUAAGUUUUUUAUUUUUUUCUCCCACUUUUUUUUUGGUUUGAUUUUUUAUUUUUUUAAUUACUGUAAAUCUGCAUAUAUAUGUGGGAUGUUUGUAGUUUGUAUACCCACCAUCUCAUUCUAAUUACUGCAUUUUAAUCCACUCCAUAAAUACUGCUUUUAAUGCAGCAUUUUGGUUAGUUUGUAACUAUCACUGAAAAACUAUGAGGAUGAAAAAAAAAGGUACAUUAGAAAAUUGAUUUUGUUUAAUGUAAUGCUAUAGAAACUGAUUGGAAUCACAGUUUUGUGACUUUAGUACUGUA